UUCAUGUCCACCUAUAAAAGAUAGUUACUGUAAUUAUUUAUCUAAUAAAAAAAAUUGAAAAACACUGUUUCGGUAGGAUUUUCGCAGGCAACCUUCGCGUAUUCUCUUAAUUAGUGCCUCAACUAAUAUUCAUAUUAUUUUCGUUCGUCCACCUUAUGACGACAGAUUCUCUGCAGCCGUCUCUGGGACUAAACUUUUCCAGUUAUGAAACGCGCUUUUUACGUCAUGAGACGCCUCUAUCGCGUACCAUUGAAGUUCUUCUUCGCACUUCGCACCGCGAAAGAAACUUUUCGCGCUUCUCAAUACAACAAACAUUUAAAGCGGAUUUAUUUAAAACAAGGGAAGCGACGAAAAGCUCGAAGGUCGCGUGAUUAAAGGUAACAAAAAUCCUGCUCAAUUUGAAAUGGCGAUUCAGUUCAGUCGUUGCCUGGGCAGAAACACCGGUGUUUGCAAUAAUCGUAUACCUUUUAAACAAAAAAAAAUAAAUAAACAAUAAUAAAUAACUCGUCCAACCAUAAAUAAUACAGCAUUAUCGAUAUUGAACCGUUAUUUUAUUGGCUGAUAAAUAAUGUCGGGAAAAAUUUUUAAGUAAUUUUUAUUGUCGAAGUGACUUUUUGAGAAACAUUUUGUUUUUUUUUGUGAUAAUACACACUUAUUGUUAAGAUGGUCUUCAGGAAAGAUAACCAGAGGAUGAUAUCCGAUGAAAACAAGAAAACAGAUGGUUUUGCGUAUGAUAAUCCAAGCCUAUCUUUUUCUGAUGAGAGUCUGAAAGAUGUAACUAAUGCAGAGUUUCAGGGCAGCAGAGAUUUUAUUUUAAUUAGUGAACAACAAAACAAGUCUUCGCCCUUAGAAAAAGUGAAAGAAUGCUUGCCGUGGAUCAAAAAGCAAGCUGCCAGCAAGCUGACGAAGAAAACCCUCUACAAAAAACUUCCAAUUUUAGGAUGGUUACCCAAUUACAACAAAUCCAGUGCGGCAGGGGACUUAUUAGCCGGUAUCACAGUAGGUCUGAUGGUAAUACCGCAAGGAUUAGCUUACAGUGGUAUAGCAGGAUUGCCGACCCAAUACGGUCUCUACGGUUCUUUCCUCGGUGCCAUCGUCUACAUAUUCUUCGGCAGUUGUAAAGAUGUUCCUAUGGGACCUACCGCCAUUUCAGCUCUGCUAACAUUCCAGGCCAUUAAAGGACUCGGUGCCGAACACGCCAUUUUGUUGUGUUUUUUUACCGGAGUCGUGCAGUUUCUUAUGGGAAUUUUUGGAUUAGGUUUUUUGAUAGACUUCAUUUCCGGACCAGUAUCGUCAGGCUUUACUUCAGCAGUGGCUCUAAUCAUUCUGACCUCACAAGUAAAAGAUAUCCUAGGUAUAAAAGCGGCCGGUUCUGUAUUUACUGAAAUUUGGAGCAAUAUUUUUGCUGACAUCCAUAACACGAACGUUUGGGAUACUGUUUUGGGCAUUUCCUGCAUUGCCGUUUUACUUAUUAUGAGGAUUGUUGGUCAAUUGAAAGUGGGAUCAUCUACAGAGCCUAAGAAAAUCCAUCAAAUCAUCAAUAAAUUUGUAUGGGUAUUCUCUACUGCUAGAAAUGCUAUAAUAGUGGUUGUCUGUGCAUUUAUUGGAUACUCGUUUUAUCUUAAUGGUGAUUCUCCUCUGACCCUCAUCGGUAAAGUACCGGCAGGUUUACCCAGCAUCCAAGCCCCACCAUUCGGCUACACCAAAAUCGUAAACGGCACCGAGGAAACCGUCACAUUUAUGGAGAUGGUAUCUAAUUUGGGUACCGGCAUCAUAGUUACACCUCUAAUAGGUCUCCUGGAAACCAUUGCUAUUUGCAAAGCAUUUGCUAAUGGCAAGGCUGUAGACGCUACCCAAGAGUUAAUAGCAAUAGGAUUAGCCAAUAUAGCAAGUUCAUUCGUCCAAGCCUUUCCAGGAUCAGGAGCUCUAGCAAGAAGUGCAGUGAACAAUAGUAGUGGUGUUAAAACGCCAAUGGGAGGCUUGUAUACUGGCCUAUUGGUGAUUUUGGCUCUGCUCUUUUUCACACCAUUCUUCUUUUACAUACCCAAGGCAGCUUUGGCUGCUAUUAUUAUAGCGGCUGUUAUUUUUAUGGUUGAAGUCAAAGUUGUUAAGCCCAUGUGGAGAUCCAAAAAAAGUGACCUCUUCCUUGGAUUCGCAACCUUCAUCGCCUGCUUAGUACUGCCUCUAGAAUUAGGAAUUUUAAUUGGUAUCGGCCUCAACGUGCUAUUUAUAUUGUACCACGCAGCAAGACCCAAAAUCAGCAUCGAAAAACUUUCAACUAAUGAAGGCACGGAAUACCUCAUUCUAACCCCAGACAGAUGCCUAAUUUUCCCUUCAACCGACUACGUAAGAAACUUGGUAACCAAACACUCAAUCAGACAAGGAAUUCCUGUAGUAAUUGACUGUUCGCACAUUUAUGGUGCCGAUUACACAGCUGCCACAGUCAUCGGAACUUUAACUAAAGAUUUUGCUGCCAGGAACCAACCUUUGUUGUUCUUCAACCUCAAACCUUCAGUGAGCGCUGUAUUUGAAGGACUGUCGCCUACAGAUUUUAUUGUUUAUUACGACCAUAAUAGUCUCGAUGAAUUGUUGCGGAAACGUUUCGGUAAAAAUGACGGAGCGAAUAUUGUUUGAAAUCUUUGACUAUUGUUUAUUCACGUUUUGUUACCAAAAAAGCUUAGGAAAUAGGCAUACCUAUACUUAUCUACCUACAAAGAAAAAUGGUUUUAAUUUACUCAAAUUUAUGGCGUUUUCGAUUGGUAGAACUAAUGCGGAACUAGUGCACUUUUUUCUAUUUCUGUCUUUCUCUUCUACAGGUCGAUUAAAAGGAUGCAAAUACACUCGGUGCGCACUGAAUCUAUCAAUCGGAAACGCCAUUUAGUUUCAUUCCGAAAACGCACUAGUGCUUUCCAUUACUGCCAUAUAUACCUACAUAUAUAUUUAUAGAGCGUGAGUUGCUUUCAAUUUAAAACGAAAUUGCACUGAAGUUUAUCCAAACUUACUUAAAAUGGCAUUUCAAGUAAUAUUGGAUAAACUUUCAAUGUGGAUUCUAUGUAGGUAGGUAUAGACAUUAGAAUUAUCAAUAAAUUAUAAGUUUAUCAAGGAUUAUGACCCCUAAGGUACCCAAGCACAAGUUUUUGUAUAUUUUGCCGGAUUGCUGAAGUAUUACCUAAUGUAUUUAUUUGAAAACUUAUUUUUAUGGCAAAAUGUAAUCCUUUUUUAUUGUUAAUACUACCAUGUAGUUUGUAGAUGUUUCUGUGAUAUUAAAAUAUUUUAAACAAGCAA